UAUUUUGUUUUUGCUAAUUUAAUAACUGAUGUAGGCAUAGUGUAAAAUAAAGCAGUCUAGUUUUUUUUCGCAUUCAAACGUAUUUAUUCAUUUGCUGUAUGAUUAUGUUCGAAAUAUUUGCAAAGUGUUAAUUAUUUAGUUGGCAAAUUGAAGUUUGUUGAUCCUUCUAUUAAAAUAAUUAUUUGAGGAGAAAGGCAAAGUAAUCUCCGCGAAAAUCCAGGUGUAAUCGGAACUUGUCGUGGACUCCCGACGUCGUUUUUGGAUCUAAAUAAAACUCGUAUACGUUUCUCUUGCUUAUCGCAUGGUGAAAAUACCCCUCUAAAUCGUACGUUUCAAGCAAAAGUUUUUAUGGUGGUGUUGUAUUUAUUUUAAGUAAUAAACCCGACCGAAAAUGUCGGGAGACGUUCAGCCAAGGAAACGUAAAGAUAAAAAAAGAAAAAAAGAUGACACUGCGGAACAGAUCCCUACUCAACCACAAACACCUUCUUCUUCUUCCAGUAAUCAAAACGAAGACAUAACUAUCCAUGUUCACAAAGAAGAUGGAACAGGUGGUGGAAUAUGUGCUAAAAUCAUAUUCUUUAUAUUAUUCACUGCUUUGGCAGUUCUCAUUGGUUUAAUUAUAACAGAACAUCGAGGUUUAACAGACUUAGAUACAGCAGAUCAAGAAUCUCGUUUUUCACAUUUAUUUGAAGGCUGGAUAGAUAAUAGUGUAGGACAUGAUGAACACGAUGAAGGUGAUCACGUGGUGAGUUCUUUAGAGGACGAAGAUCAUGGAGAAGAUGAAGAAGGCGAUUCACACGAAGCCUACGAAGAGGAGGAGGAGGAAGAAGAUCACGAUGAGCACGAAGAAGAGGCUUCAGAAGAAGUAGCACAGACGGAGGAGGAAGAAGACGAGGAAGAGGAAGAAGAAGCAGAAGCGUCUGAAGAAGUAGCACAGACGGAGGAGGACGAAGAUGAGGAAGAAGCAGAAGCGUCUGAAGAAGUUCCUGCUACCGAGGAGGAAGAAGAAGAAGAAGAGGAGGACGAAAGCGAACUAAAAGACGCCGACGAGGAUGAAGAGGUAUCAGAAGAAAAUGUAGAGGAAGAUGAAGAAGACAAAGAAGAGGAAGAGGAAGAAGACGCAGUUUCUAAAGACGUUGAGCAAAGUGUAGAGGAGCAAGAUGAAGAUGAAGCAGAUGAACCAGAUGAAGAAGACGAAGGUGACGAGGAGGCCGUUGCUUCCAAGGAAGCUGCGUCUGAGGAAGAAGAUGCACCAGAACAGUCAGAAGAAAAAGGUAGUGAGGAGCUUAAAGAGGACGAACAAGCAAGCCAAGAGCAAGAGGAAGAUGAAGUUGACGUAAAAGAGGAAGGAGGCGAAGAUGCCGAAGACGAAAACCAACAGAACACUAACAUGGUUGUAAAGAUUGGCGUCGGCGUGGCUCUUUUGGUAGUAGCACACGUCGUUCUCGUUAGAAAGUGGAAGUCUGCUACUCCGCCUUCUGAAACUCCCGCACAAGACGAAGCGGCUCCUGAUCUUUCUAGAAGAAAUACAAUUGUAGUCCCACCGACUUAUCAAGAAGUGCAACGCGAUAUCGAAGAAGCAGAAGAAGAAUAUUCUGACGAGGAUGGAGAAGUAGAAAGCGACGAAGACAGGCGCGAAGUGAAACCGACUAAACUAAAAUACGGAGAACUGAGAACAACUUACGCCAGAUCUUUAACACCGGAAAGUGAACCGGAAUACCAGACUAAACCAGCAGAAGCAGAUGAUGAAGAAUAUGAAGAAGAAGAGGAAGAGGAAGUUGAGGACGAAGAAGAAGAAGAGGAAGAGGAGGAAGACGAAGAGUCAGAAACUGGCGAAUAUGAAAAGGAAGAUGACGAUGAUGACUUAUUAAAAAGACUUGAAGCAAGAUACGGGAAACUGCAAAGGGGCAGUCGAGAAGCUCAAAACGAAAAAGAUUUAGAGGAACAGUUUUCGUCAUGGAAACGUAUCAAUGUCGGUGGCGAUAACGAACCAGAAGAAUCUGAGUCUGAUAAGCAAUCUGACGCCGAAACAGACGAAUAUGAAAAUAUAACAAACAAAGAUGAUUACAAAAUAAAAGAAAAACUAGAUGAGGCUCAUAAAAACAUUCAAAAUAAUACGGCUUACGCAAUUAAGCUUUUUGAUGCCCUUCUCCAAAACUAUUCCUCUUCACCCAGAAGUCUGUAUGGAAAAGCUCAAGCUCUAGACAUAUUGGCCGACAAAAAAAGAAGUAACGACAUACUACAAAAGGCCAUCGCCAUCUAUUUGCGAAUUUUAACACUUGAAAAAGUCCCAGAUGCAUUGUUUGAAACUGUAGCUGAUCGAUGCAUCAAUCGUAUGAGAUUCAUGGGAAAUUACAGAAGUGCCAUUGAUGUCCAUCAUAAGUUAAUUGAGCGUUUUCCAGAAGAAACAAAAUACAAAAAUCAAUUAGUUGUUAGUUAUUUAAUAAUCAACAGGGUGAAUAAAGCCAGGAUACUUUUGGAAGAAACUUUAUCAAAGCAUCCUAAUGAUGGUUUCGCGCUCGUUCAUUACGGUUUUAUUCUCAAAACCAUUGAUAAUAAACUCAAUGAGUCCGUGUCAUACUUACAAAAAGGGAUCUCCACAAAGGCACCUGGAGUGAUCGACGGCCGUUUUUACUUCCAUUUAGGAGAUGCAUUAGCUCGUCUUGGAAAAACUAAAGAAGCGAUGGAGGUUUACGAAGACGGAGUUAAACAUAACCUCUUCUUAUCAAAGUAUCAGCGUUCACUGUACAACGUAGCCCACCUUAAAGGACAACCGUGGUGGAAAAAAGAGGAAACUCCGUAUGCCGAAUUAUACACCGCGUUGGAAAACAAUUGGCAGAAAAUCCGCGAAGAAGGUAUUUCCGUUUUAAAUAAAAACGGUCUCUUUCAAAGCGAAUCAGAAAAUCUAAAAGAUACAGGCGAUUGGAAACAAUUCGAGUUGUUCGCUAGAGGACAGAAAAAUGUAAAUAAUUGUAAAAAAUGCCCCAUUACGUGUAGAAUUAUCGAAAGUGUACCAGAUGCUAGAGGUUGUAGACGGGGUCAGACCAAAUUUAGUGUGAUGCAUCCAGGAACACACGUGUGGCCUCAUUGUGGACCAACUAAUUGUAGGUUGCGGGUACAUUUGGGACUUAAAGUGCCUCCGCAAACGUACAUUCGGGUUGCCGACGAAGUGAGAAGCUGGAAAAACGGUGAAGUCUUCAUUUUCGAUGACAGUUUCGAGCACGAAGUAUGGCAUAACGGAACAUCGUUCAGACUAGUACUUAUUGUAGAUGUGUGGCACCCGGAAUUAAAGUCAGUAGACAAGAGAAGUCUCUCUCCAAUCUGACGUAUUUUAAAGUUUUGUAAAAAAAUAAAUAAGGUUACAAAAACAAA